AUGGCAAAGAAACAUCCAACGCAGCAAAGUGCCACGGUCAAUCCGUUAAGCUUGACAAGAAGUUUGCCUCAUGAACUUUCGGAAGCGAUAUCCACAUCCCUUGCCUCAUAUCAAAAGAGUAUCUCGGGUAACAGAAAGCUAAGACUGAUUGAUUAUUUCCUAACAUUUUUGGUCUUCCUUGGAGUACUACAGUUUGCAUUUUGCCUGCUGGUAGGCACUUUUCCUUUCAACGCAUUCCUUGGAGGAUUUUGCAGUACAGUUGCCCAAUUUGUACUGACCAUAUCGUUGAGGCUACAAACAACGGGGACCAAAGAAAUCUUUCAAAAUAUAAGCAGUCAACGUGCUUUUGCUGAAUACAUAUUUGCCAGUUUACUGCUUCAUUUCAUAGUAUACCAUUUUAUAAACUAG